AUGAGAAACGAAACCUUUCUGACAGAAUUCAUUCUUUUGGGACUAACAGACAUCCCAGAGAUUCAAGCUGUAAUUUUUAUAUUUCUCUUCUUCACCUACAUAUUCAGCAUCAUUGGAAAUCUGACAAUCAUCACACUCACACUACUGGACUCCCACCUCCAGACUCCCAUGUAUUUCUUCCUUCGGAACUUCUCCUGCUUGGAAAUUUUCUUUACGACCACUUUCACUCCCAGGCUGCUGUUCAGCAUCUCUACGGGGAAUAAAACCAUCAGCUUUGCUGGAUGCUUCACUCAGUAUUUCUUUGCCAUAUUUUUGGGGGCCACAGAGUUUUACCUUCUUACUGCCAUGUCCUAUGACCGCUACGUGGCCAUCUGCAAACCCCUGCAUUACACCACCAUCAUGAGCAACAGGGUCUGUGUCCAGCUGGUUCUCUGCUCCUGGCUGGGUGGAUUCCUAAUUAUCUUACCCCCCAUCAUCCUGACCAGUCAGCUGGAUUUCUGUGCUUCCAAUAUGCUGAAUCAUUAUUAUUGUGACUAUGGACCUCUCAUAGAAAUAUCUUGCUCAGACACAAGUCUACUGGAAUUGGUGGACUUUAUCUUAGCAGUUGUGAUCUUGGUGGUCACCUUGGUGCUGGUGAUUCUUUCCUACACAAACAUCAUUGGGACCAUUCUGAAGAUCCCUUCUGCUCAGCAAAGGAAAAAGGCCUUUUCCACCUGUUCUUCUCACAUGAUUGUUAUCUCUCUAUCUUAUGGCAGCUGCAUCUUCAUGUAUAUAAAACCUUCAGCAAAAGAAGGAGUUGCCUUCAAUAAGGGAAUAGCAAUGCUCAAUACUUCAGUUGCCCCUUUACUGAACCCAUUCAUUUACACUCUAAGGAACAAACAAGUAAAAGAAGCCUUCAAGGAUGUGGCCAGAAAGAUUUUGAGUCUUUAA